GACCUUCGCGUGGAAUUAGUCAAAGAAGUCACUCCAGCAAUUCAGUGGUUUGAUGGCGCUAAAGAAAGAAUUAAGAAGAUGUUUGAUAAGAUUGAAGUUUCGGUUUCUUCAUAUGACACUGCUUGGGUAGCAAUGGUCCCAUCUCCAAACUGCCCAAAAGCUCCUUUUUUCCCUCAGUGCACUAAGUGGAUAGUUGAUAAUCAACUCAGUGAUGGCUCUUGGGGUCUGCCUUGUCGUGAUCCAUUGUUAGCUAAGGAUGCUAUCUCAUCUACAUUAGCAUGCAUACUUGCAUUGAAGAAAUGGGGUAUUGGUGAAAUACAAAUCAAUAAAGGCCUUCAAUUUGUUGAGUUGAAUUCUGCUUCAUUAACCGAUGAAAAGCAGCAUACACCAGUGGGAUUUGAUAUAAUAUUUCCUGGUAUGCUUGAGCAUGCUAAAGAUUUGGCGCUGAACCUUCCUUUGAAAUCAGAAUAUAUAGAUGCAAUGCUUUACAGGAGAGAAUUAGAGCUUAGAAGUGGCUGUAAUAGCGACCCAGAGGGAAGGAAAGUCUAUUUAGCUUAUAUUUCAGAAGGAAUUGGAGAAUUACAAGAUUGGAAAAUGGUCAUGAAAUAUCAAAGAAAGAAUGGGUCACUGUUCAAUUCACCAUCCACCACCGCUGCUGCUUUUAAUCACCUUCAGGAUGCUGGUUGUCUUCAUUACCUGCACUUAGUCUUAGAGAAGUUUGGAAAUGCAGUUCCAACCAUUUAUCCUUUGGAUAUAUAUGCUCGUCUCUAUAUGGUUGAUACUCUUGAAAGGUUGGGAAUUGAUCGGCAUUUCAAGGAGGAAAUAAAAACUGUAUUGGAUGAAACAUACAGAUACUGGGUGCAAGGGAAUGAAGAGAUAUUUCUAGAUUGCACAACCUGUGCAAUGGCAUUCCGAAUAUUGCGUAUCAAUGGAUAUGAUGUGUCUUCAGAUAUAUUGAUUCAAUUCACUGAGGAAUACUUCUGUAAUUCACUUGAAGGAUAUUUAAAGGACACAAGGGCUGCCUUAGAGUUAUACAAAGCUUCACAGUUAAUUUAUCCAGAUGAAUCAAUUCUGGAAGAACUAGAUUCAUGGACAUGCCAUUUCCUGAAACAGGAAAUAUCAAGUAGUUCAACUUAUACUGAUGGACUUAGUAAACAUAUUACUGCAGAGGUUCAUGAUGCUAUCAAUUUUCCACAGUAUGCUGAUUUGGAUCGCUUAGCUAACAGGAGGAACAUUGAGCAUUAUAAUGUAGAUAAAACCAGGAUUUUAAAAUCCGCAUACCGUUGUUCCAACAUUGGGAAUGAACAUUUUCUUAAGCUAGCUGUAGAAGACUUCAACAUUUGCCAAUCAAUGCAUCGCGAAGAACUUGAGCAUCUUGGAAGGUGGGUUUUGGAGAAAAGACUGGACAAGCUAAAGUUUGCAAGGCAGAAACUGGGUUAUUGUUACUUCUCGACUGCAGCUUCUCUUUUUACCCCAGAACUAUCUGAUGCCCGCAUAUCAUGGGCAAAAAAUGGCGUGCUUACGACUGUUAUUGAUGACUUCUUUGAUGUUGGAGGUUCUGAAGAGGAAUGUGUAAACCUUAUCCAAUUGGUCGAAAAGUGGGAUGUGGAUGGGAGCACUCACUUUUGUUCUGAGCAAGUCAACAUCAUAUUUUCAGCACUUCACAGCACCAUUUGUGAGAUUGGGGAAAAAGCAUUCAGAUGGCAAGGACGUAAAGUGACAAGUCAUGUUAUCGAAAUUUGGUUGGAUUUGCUGAAGGCAAUGUUGAAAGAAACCCUGUGGUCUAGAAGGAAGUUGGUACCUACAGUUGACGAAUAUAUGGCUAAUGGAUAUGUAUCAUUUGCUUUAGGACCAAUUGUUCUUCCAGCUUUGUAUUUUGUUGGGCCUAAACUCUCAGAGGAGGAUGUUAGAAACCCCGAGUUUUACGAUCUGUUUAAGACUAUGAGUACAUGUGGGCGUCUACUAAAUGAUUGGAGAGGCUUUCAUAGAGAAUCCAAAGAAGGAAAACUGAAUGCUGUCUCAUUGCACAUGAUUCAUGGAAGUGAUGUUGUAACUGAAGAAGAAGCAAUCACAGAGAUAAAGAGUUUAAUUAUCAGUCAGAGGAAACGACUGUUGAGACUUGUUUUGCAGGAAAAGAACAGCGGUAUCCCAAGACCAUGCAAGGAUUUGUUUUGGAAAAUGAUCAAAGUGUUGCAUUUGUUUUACAUGAAGGAUGAUGGGUUCACUUCAAAUGAGAUGACCAAAGCCGCAAAUGGACUAGUUUUUGAUCCCAUCUCUUUUCAAGAAAACUAAGUAAAUGCUACAGAAUUUCUCAAGUCCAUGUUAAAACCUGAAGAGAAUCUUCGUGCAUGUAUUGGUUUGAGCUAUUAAUUACUUUUACUCAUCUGUUACAGCGGGAAUUCAUGGUAGGGAAAAUGCACAUUGCAAUACUGCACAUUAUUUAGCAUGGGUGAUCAUACCAAAGCCGGUAAAGUGGUCGGAGCGUACUAUAAGUAGGAAGUAAGAGAGUCUCUGCUACACAUUAUUAUUGAUUCAUAACUGAGUACUUGUACACUUAUAGUUAUAGCCAUAUACAGUUAGUGAUACAAUUACAUUUCUAAUAGAACACCUUAGUAUUCCUAAAUAAAGAAGACUUCCUAUUUAGUAGGAUUUCCUUUA